AUGCAGUCGUCCAUAGCUAACAACUGGAUGGACGAUGUCACUGAUCCUUCCGAUUGGAAAGACGACUUUGCGCUUCUGAGGAACCUCGACGCCUCAUUACGCUGCGAUCUCUGCUUUGAUAUCUAUACUUCGCCCGUUUCGCUCAAGAGCUGCCAUCACACUUUUUGCUCUUCCUGCAUCCGUACCCACAUCAACCAGUCGGGCAACGCCGGCAGCUUCUGUCCCAAGUGUCGCCAAACCAAAGCCUAUGACUCCGAGUUGAUACCUCAGCCCGUGCUCGAGGUCACUGCGCUCGAGUGGAAAUCGUCUCGCUCGUUUCUUGUUCGCCUCCAGACGCACCACAACACACGCCGCCUUUCGCCUCCUCCGCGCUCAGCCGAAGCGAGUCGUUGCGUCAUCGCGGGUCCGUCCAAGCGCCCCCAGUCGCUCCACGACGGCACCCACGGUGAAUCAUCUCCCACCCGCUCGAGUCCACGCAGAUCCAAACGCAUCAAGACCGAUCUUUCCACCGUCACAACCGAACCAUCCGCCGGCUCGCGUUCGUCUCCCCUCACCGUCCAGGACGACGACGACGAUGACGAUGACGAGAAUGAUGGCCUCCAUCGCACCGAUGACGAAUUUGAGCUCAACCGCGGUCAGGACACCGAUGCCGACUACAUUGAUUCUGCCACAAGCACCCACUCAUCGCGCGCAAAGCGGUGCAGCAGCCAGCAUUCGCCUCCACUGCGGUCGCCGCCGCCGCCACCGCCGCUGCCGCCAAAUGCGCUAGAUCGAGAGCUCAAGGCCGACGACUUGGUCGAAUGUCCGAUUUGUAGUCACAAAUUUACUCUCUCGGCCUUGCAUCGGCAUCUCGAUUCUGUAAGCUGCUAUCCGGGCUUUCCCGAACCAUCGCCCGAGGAGCGAGGGCUGGCACCCAAGUCUGCAAAGCCAUCGUCGUCGUCCUGGCUCACUCUGGCCACUAUCCACUCGGACGCCACCUCGAGCAUGGCUGCCAGUGAGAAGCGUCUGCACCGUCCGCAAUACAAUCUGAAAUCGGAUCGUGAUCUACGCAAGUUGCUCGACGACGCUGGCCUGCCUACGUCGGGCGAUCGAGAAAAGCUCGUCGAACGCCACCGUCAAUGGGUCAACCUUUGGAACGCCAACCUGGACUCGACCAAGGCGAGGCGCAGCACACUGCAGCUGCGCAAGGAGCUCGCAGCUUGGGAACGCGCAAAGUGGUCGGCAAAGGAUCACUCGGCGCUCGUGGACAGGCAAAAGACCAGCUGGAUCCAAUCGAACAAGUCGCAGUUUCACAGUCUCAUUGAAAAGGCAAGAAUAGGCGCCAUCAAGGACCACAAACUCAGACACGCGCCAUCGACGAGCGAGUCGAUGUGUGCCGCUGACACGCCACAUGGCGAGCACAAGUCCGAGCGUCAACCUCACCGCAUCAGUUCCAGUCCAGGAACGCUCGAGGCAGCUUCCGAGGUCACAGCACCGCCGCAGUCGCUCGUAUCCGAGUCGUAG